AUGCAGCAAAAGGCUUCUCAAGGUCAACAGCAAGCCCGUAAUCCAUACGUCGACUCGAUCCCACAGCUAAGUCUCUGGACAUUUGAGAAGCCGUCUCAGUCCUCGACCUGGGAUGGUGUCAAACCGCGAAAGGAAUAUGUCUCACAGGAGGAGAUACAAGAGAAGCUUGCCAGACUCAAGCGGGACGAUGAGACAGUGACGGAUCGCCUUGAUGCUACGAAAUCAAGGAGCUGUCGUGCGGAGAUCAGGAAUUUCGUAGAGGAUCAGAAUGCAAAGCUCAAGAAGGAAAACAAGCUAGGCGAGUACAUUAUUGCCGGCAUGAUGCUUUCCGAUCAUCGCCAAGGGCGCAAGGAUAAGCAGAAGUAUCCACACCGUGUACAAGUCAUCCUUCAGAUCGAAGAAACAAGCCUACCGAAUGUGCCCAACUCAAGGUUGAACACAAGUGGUCUAGGCACCGCUCAUGGUGCCCAAGACUUCAACAAGCCGAUGAAGGCUAAUAAUCCCCUUGGGCCUCAAGGACAGGGUAGUCUGCAGAACCAAGGGUUGAAUAUGAACCAGCAACAAAGACCUGUCCAACAGCAGGGCCAGCACGGAAUGGGCGGGCAACACUUCGAGCAGCGACCACCUCCUCCUCAUGGUCAAGUUCCAAUGCACCACGACGACGACUGGGACACAGAGACCAGCUCGGGCUCAGAACAAUGGCAGACUCGUAGUGUCAGCGAUGACUUUGCCUAUGUGGAAGAUCGAGGUCGGGGACGCUCAAAGCCUAUCAAACAUGGGAAGCAGCAUGUCCACAAGUCAAGAAGCCCUACUAUGCCCCAGAUGCCCGGCAUGCCAAGUCGUGCUUAUGGAUAUGCUCAGCAGCCACAAGACUACCUGAACGGCAACAACAUGUACGCGUCACAACCGCAACACUACAUGCCAACAAACAUCCCCGUCAACCCAGACCGCUUCACCCUUGAAGAACUCCGCCUCAAACUAGAUCAGCUCAAACUCGACGAGCAGCGCACACUCUUCGGACCUGGCCGCGACACUUUCGAAGACUUCACCACGUUGCGCAACCAGCUCAACAACGCUGAGCAACGUGCACGACUCGGUCAGAAUCGCUACACUUUGGAUGAGUUUAGGGAAAUGUUCAAUGAGCGCGGGCAGCGGGCGCCGUUGGGACGGGGCCAGAAUGACCGUGUUGAUCCGGGGUUGUAUUAUGAUCGAGCGGAUCCGCGCAUGGCGCAACGGCAGGGUGAGCAGAGGAGGCCGGCAUUUUUGGAUGAUGAGUAUUCGGACCCUAGGUACGCUGGGAGGGGUGCGGCAUACGAUCCGUUCCGUGUUUGA